GAAGAAGCAAAACCCGUCUGCUUCUCGAGCAAAGAAAAUAGUGGUUUUCGAGAGUUUUAACUGAAAAAACUGCUGAAAUCAUUCAUUUUAGAUCAACAGUGGUUGGGUGGAUACGGGGAGUGUAUUUGAAAUGUGUUAAACCGUCCGUUUUGGCGAAAUGCAUUCGUUCCGCAUGUAGAUACGAUUGUUGGUCAUAUUCUACGUGGUUUUUCUGCAUGUCGCCGCAUUGUUCGUGUCCCUUGAUGAAAAACAGAUUAACUGAACUCAAAUUCUUCUCGUCACAGUAGAGCUCAAUUCUAGAUCACGAAGAGGAGCCAAACAGUGCGCGGAGAGAAAUAAAGAAAGAAAGAGAAAAGACUUGUGUGUGAAAGCGAGCUGGGUAGUUUUUAGGUAGAACAAGAGAGCACCUCGUCGAACGACGGGCGUAGUAUCCUGUAUGAAAGUGUCAUUAAAAUAGUGAAUUGAAAAAAAAAUCUGAUACGUCCUGUUGCAGGACUAUCACAAGCCCUAGCAUCGAAUUAGUAGUGACCGUAAUCUGCCAUAUUGCGUGAAUCCGGUGAAGAAAGCUCCUGCUGACUGGUUAGCUGCCUGGUGUAAGCAGCCGUGUACUUUGUUGAGGAAGAAUAUUUUUGCCUUCUCGUUCGCCUGUCGAAAACGCAGUGAACCGAUUUUGUGAGGUACGAUGACGGAGUACAAACUAGUCGUAGUAGGCGCCGGAGGUGUUGGCAAGUCUGCACUGACCAUACAACUUAUUCAGAACCAUUUCGUUGAUGAGUACGACCCGACAAUUGAAGAUUCCUACCGGAAGCAAGUAGUUAUAGAUGGCGAAACGUGCUUGCUUGACAUUCUGGAUACAGCAGGUCAGGAGGAAUAUUCUGCGAUGCGUGAUCAGUAUAUGCGAACGGGGGAAGGAUUUCUGUUAGUAUUCGCUGUUAACAGUGCCAAAAGUUUCGAAGAUAUAGGAACCUACAGAGAACAGAUCAAGCGUGUUAAGGACGCAGAAGAAGUGCCGAUGGUGUUAGUUGGCAACAAGUGCGAUUUGCAAGCGUGGGCAGUGGAUAUGACUCAGGCCAGAGAUGUGGCAAAACAGUACGGCGUUCCUUUCGUAGAGACCUCUGCCAAAACGCGCAUGGGUGUCGAUGAUGCCUUCUACACGCUAGUUCGAGAAAUUCGCAAAGACAAGGAAAGGGGGAAAAAGAAUCGGAAGCAUCAUAAGCUGGUGUCGAGCAGACGAUUCAAGUGCCAGUUGCUAUAAGGCUGCUUGGAAUGGGAUCUCCGUACGUUACCACCCUUUCCCACCAACAGCUGCAGUAAUUCAGUAUGUCCGCGCCCCGUUCUGUAACCUUCAACUGAUUGAUCCGAACAUAAAAGAUUGUCGUAAAAAUCUUCGCUGGUCAUCCCUGAUACGAAUUCGAUCUUCGAUAUGAUAAGCCAGCACAUUAACGCUGCAGCCGUAGUGCCAGCUGCAUCAGCAAACAGGCGCCGUACAUUAUGCAGAUGAUAUGAUGUAUGCCCAAUUUCAACCUGCUGGCGGUGCUAUACAAAGUUGUUCAGCAUCAAGCGAUGUGGAUGGUACGUUUUGGUUUACGAAUUUCGAGAAUUCAACGCACACGUGCAAAACACCCAUCGUGUUCGCAUUAGCUAGCGAUUAAAAUCGAGAAAAGUCGACUUAUAGUGUCUAGCUUGUCCUUACGGCUUGUGUGCGGUAUUCUGCUGCAUCGCUAUUUGCACAAACAGAAGCAAAGGGUUUGAAUACUCGAUGAUCAAACUCAUUGUAUUAUUAAUAUUAUUAUUAUGAUAAAUAACUAUGUUUUGAAGAAGAAACUAGCUUCAAACCAUAAAUUUACGGAAGGUGUUGAAAAAUUGUUUUUUUUUCUGCCGAAGAGAAAAAAUUAUAAAAAGAUGAUGAAAACGAUGAAUGUUUUGUAGAAAAUCAUGUACUCCGGUAAAACAAUAUCGUUACCCCACGCGCCACAUUUUUACUCGAGAUGGAAUAAUUAAUCGAACCUCGAUCAUUCGUCAGACUAAGAAUACCACACAGGCAACCAGAUAAGAAAGAUUUUGACACUGAUAUGCAUAGGUAAUGUUUGUAUCUAAUCUUUGUACCCGUAAUGGGAGCUAAUGUUCUUCACUUGUCUGCCUGUAAAGACCUAAUAUAAAGUAAUUACGAACAUUUGGUAUUUUAGACAUCUCUUUUUCUCUAAUAUUCAAAUGUCGACUAUCCGAAUGAUGGGGCGAACGUAUGAGCGUAUCAUGCGACACCCGACAGGAAUGCGGAAACUAGGGAAAUAUUUUCCAUCCGACGAUGUUCGUUACUUAUACGGUCGCCAGGAAGGUUGUGUAGGAAAGCGAAGUGUAACCGGCACAAAUACGCUUGCUGUCGUAGCAAAAUUGCUGAUUAAAACUAAUUAGAAGAAUGGCUACAACACCGAAAGGAAAGACGUUGAGAUAGUGAACUCGAGGGAGUUUAUCCCGUGCAUAGCAAAUGUUAAAGCCCCAAAAGGAAUGAUAGAGUAGUACGAUUUCUAAAAGAAACACAGAAGAAGAAAAAACAAAUCAUAGGAAAGAUAGUAUAGGAGGACGAACGACGUAGGGAAGAAAAUGCGAAACAAUCCAGAAAUAAUCCGAUAUAUUAGUUUUUAACUUUACUCGCGAAAUGAACGAAAAGAAAGUAAAAAAUAUCUGACAUCGUAUUUUAUGUUAACUUAUAUUUGACGUGUAUAUUUUCUUAUUGUUUCCUCGAACGGUUGA